AUGCAACCGUCUAAGCUGAGGCAGUUUUAUCAGCUGAAUACACUCAGCAAUAUUAUAGCGAGAACAUUCACUUCAGAUACAUCCAACACAGAUAGGAGACAACUCAAAUCAUGGAAGCAAAUACCUGGACCUUCUUUGUGGGAUUUAAUGAAAGAAGGAAUACCGGGAGUUAAAGAAGAAUUAAAUUUCAACGAUGGACUGAAAUUUGGAUUGAAUUUAUACAAAAAAUAUGGGCCGAUCGUGAAAGUAGAUGGAUGUUUAGGAAGACCGCCAGUUAUAGCUUUGUAUGAUCCUGACUAUUGUUCACAGAUUUUACAUUCUGAAAAUUGGAUGCCAAUUCGUAGAGGUUUUGAUUCAUUGGAGUAUUAUAGAAAAUUUAAGCGCCACAAAAGUAAAGAAAAUCAAAUUAAGUCGAACGUGUAUGGUUUAAUAACAGAUCAUGGUGAAAGUUGGAAGCAAUUUCGAUCUACCGUCAACCCAGUACUUUUGCAGCCAAAAACUAUUAAACUUUACACCGCUUCAAUAGACGAAGUAGCACUGGAUAUGAUCGCUAGACUGAAAUCUCUUCGUGGAGAGAACAAUAUGAUUCAGAGUGACUUCGCUAUGGAAAUGAACCUAUGGUCACUGGAGUCGAUAGCCCUAGUCGCUCUGGGUCGCCGACUCAGAUGUUUUGACUCACAUCUGCCAUCCAACUCGCCUGAGAAGAGGCUCAUCCGUUUAGUUCAUGAGAUUUUUACGGUGGCUAAUAAUUUAGACUUCAAACCAAGCUUCUGGAGAUACUUUCCGACAACAACUUAUAUGAGAGCCAUGAAACUUUACGAAGAACACGAAAGAUUAGCAUGUUAUUUUAUAAAUAAAACGAUUGAAGAAUUCCAGAAAGAGAAUAAGAGAAAAUUGGAUGAUAAUAAAAGUGUUUUAGAAAAGUUACUUGAAAUAAAUAAAGACAUAGCGGUCGUAAUGGCUAGCGAUUUGCUUCUUGCUGGUGUUGACACGACUGCUAACACAAUAACGGCAAUUCUUUUUUUGCUGGCAACUAAUCAAGAGAAACAGGACAAACUUAGAGAAGAAAUACGGACUAUAAAAGAUCCAAACCAACGGUACUACUUGAGAGCAUGUAUUAAAGAAUCUUUAAGAAUGAUGCCUGUGGUAUCUGGGAAUAUAAGAGAUACUACGAAGGAAUAUAAUGUACUCGGUUACUCAAUACCUGAAGGGAUAAUCAUAUCAUUUAUGCACCAAGCUAUGUCCAUGAUGGACGAACACUUCCCUCGAGCGUCAGAAUAUUUACCAGAACGGUGGCUAGCCAAUAAAGAAGAUCCUAUGUAUUAUCGAAAUGCUCAUCCAUUCGUUUAUCAACCUUUUGGCUUCGGAGUUAGAAGUUGUAUAGGACGACGUAUCGCGGAGCUGGAGUUGGAUAUCUUUCUGGUCAGGCUUAUUGAGAAUUUUAAGGUGGAGUGGUUCGGACCACCGCUUAAGUCCAAGUCUGCUUCAAUGAACUACAUGAUAGGACCACACAAUUUUAUAUUUAAGGAUGCCUGA